ACGGACUUCGAACAAGAGGAGCGCUCGACACGCACUCACCUCCCGCCGCAAUGAUCCCGGCACCACAUUCGGCGCUCUCACAGGCGCCGAUGUCCGUCUCACGAACACUCUAUCUCACAGAUGCCCAGCAGACAGACAUAUACCAUCAGUCGCGCAACCACGCCGUGUCCUUUCUCCAGAACUCGCUGAGCGAUUUGCAUGAAUGGGAGUUCAUCUCCGAGAAGAAGAGCGUGCAGUUCUAUCGCAAGAAAAGCAACGACGGGACGACGUACACGAUCAACGGCAUCACACGCAUCGUUGCCGACCUCGACGAGACCAUGCGCACAUUGUACUGCGACAAUUCGACGUCGUUGAGCGAUCUGUUCUCCCAACUACAUGACGACGCCUUCGCCGAUGGUGCCGUCCUCGCUGCAUUGCCCGGCAAGCGCGACCCUUCUGGGAUCUGCCGGGAGCAAUGCAGCAUCAAGACCCUGUCCUUCCGUCCGUUCAACGCGAUGGACAAGGCGCGCCAGUACACGGUCGUUGACUACUGCACCAUUCGCACGGGCAAAACCGAUGAAGGCGGUAGCGUGGACGCCACCGACAACCGCCUCGGCAUCCAACUCAUGUACUCGACGGACGCCGCAGACCCCGCGAGUGCGUCGUCGCGGCGUCUCGCGUCAUCGUCUUUGGUCCACGGUGCCUCCCAAUCCACGGAUGCCGAGUCGAAUACCAGCGCGAGUCAGCUGCUUCCGUCAGGAUUUAUCGUCUACCCCACGGCGAAGAAAGGGGUGCUGGAAGUGAUCUUCUCGUGGUCUGCACACGACCCGCGCGGCAUUUCCCGCGGCUACAAGAAGAGCAUCCUCAGUCUCGUGGCGAGCGUCGCGCGCCUCGAGAACAUCUUCCUCGCGCUUCGGAUCGCCGCCGCCGGGUUCAUCAAGUCCAAGAACUGGGUCAGCGACAAGGAGCGGUCCUAUUGCUUCAUCUGUCGCGAGUCGUUUGGCGCAUUCCGCCGCCGCCACCACUGCCGCCUCUGCGGCGACAUCACGUGCUCCAAGUGUGGCACCCUCACCGCCGUCAAGCUGCCCGUUGUCGGCCUCUGCCAAGUGCGCAUUUGCAUGCGCUGUCUCACGGAGAACGAUUCUUCCCGUAUCAACGUCAGCUUGCCGCCGUCCACGUCGUCCGGAGUCGGCACCGGCCCGCGGUCCACCUCGGUCACCCAGCGCUCGUCGGCUGGCAGCCAGCAACUCCAAGUGAUGGAACGUCUGUCGCAUGGCAUGUCGAAUCUGUCGGCCGUGCCGACGCAGCAUCAGAUUGAUUCUGACGAGGACGAAGACCCAGGGUACGGGUCGCUGCAGUCGUCGACUGUCCUUGGUGGAUCCAGUUCGAUGGACUCGUCGUUGUCGUCCACGUCGAGCUACAUGGGCGGCUCGUUCCAGCAUAGCAGCCUCAACAGCUCGUCUCGCCUUGCAUAUACUACCAACAGUGGCAGCGGCAUCAUCGACGAAGACGACGAGACGCAGUACCGCCACCGCGCCGGGUCCAACGAAGGAGUCCAACGACCUCCGCCACCCCCCCGACGGUCUGGGGGCGGAGCUGUUCCCCUCCCGACACUGUCGGCGUCGACGCAGCUAACCCACGUCAAACAAUUUUCGUAUCCGCUGCAUUACACGGACGGGCAGCUAUGGCCCCUCGCGCCCAUUCCCACGGAAGAAGCGUCGCGCUUGCGCAAAUUGGACGACCUCGCCAUCCUCGACACCCCCCAAGAACAAGAAUACAAUCACAUUGCCCAAAGCGCCGCGGAAGCGCUGCACGCGUCGUUUGGGUUUAUCAGUUUCAUCGACGCCAAAAGGGAAUGGGUCAAGGCCUCGUACGGCAAUGGCGCGGGGGCCAACACAAGCAUCGCGCGCGAUGUGUCGCUCAGUGCUCACGUCAUCAUGUCGUAUGAAGUGACGGUGGUGCCCAAUAUGACUGCAGACGUGCGCUUCCGAGAUAAUCCGUUGGUGCUGGACGGGAUCAAAUUGCGCAGUUUUGUGGGGUAUCCCCUCGUGACGUCGGACGGGUUCAUCGUCGGAGUGCUCGGGGUCGCAGAUACGCGGGUACGUCCAUAUGUGGAGUAGUACGCUAUAUUUAGUGUGACGUUGCUACAGAUUCGUUCUUUGCCCCUGUAAUGUAUAGAUAUAGAGUAUAAUUGAUUCUGAAUGAUGAUUGAAUCAUAUAGCCGCGGGAAAAUGUCACUGUACGACACGUGGCCCAGCUCAAGCAACUGGCGACUCACGUGUCUCGCGUACUGGAAGAACGCAGCGGGUACCAACCCACCGGUCACCAACAACAACACCACCAUGUGUACGAUUCCGCCGCCCCCCAAGCGCACUCGCAAACGUAUAAUGUGGCCACGACGCAGUCGACGAUCCACAACACGUUGCUGGAUCUGCUCAAGAAAACGGAAGCAACGGGCAAAACGCUUCAGCAGACGCAGCAGAGCAUGCUCAAUGCAACGGGGCGACCACCUCAAUCAUAGAGUACUGAAAAGGCACGGCACCUUCACCAUGACCACCCACGCACGUUUUGGAUGAUCGUACUAGUAGCAGUAGUAGUGUUAUGUGUGUGAAUAUUGCUUGGUCAAUACAAUGCACAGCUGGGGCUCUGCCAUCUUGGUAUGUAGUGCGUACGAUCAAAAGACUUAGUAGUGUUUUCAUCCCACCACUUGGAUUCAAAUUUGU